UUCAGUCUCAAACUGAAUUAAAGCGUCUCAGGCUUAGUAAUACUUCAAUCUCAGAUUUCAUACCAGAGGAAUGGUUCUUGAAGAUAUCUUUCCAGCUCACAUAAUUGGAUUUAUCUUAUAACCAAGUCCGUGGAAAGCUUCCACUGCACAUGAACUCCCCAUCUUUAGAGUAUAUAGAUUUGGGUCAUAAUCGAUUUGAGGGCCCUCUGCCACAUUGGUCUAGUGAUGCUGCCGCCUAUCUCGAUCUUCAAAGCAAUUUAUUUUCCGGGCCCAUUCCCUCAAAUUAUGAUCAAUUGUUGCCUAGCUUGAGUGAAUUGUAUCUAUCUGACAAUCAUCUAAAUGGUAGUAUACCACCCUGUAUGGGCAACAUGUCAAGUUUGUUAAUUCUCAUGUUAAGAAGCAAUCACUUGUCUGGAGAAUUCCCUCAAGCAUGGAGUCUGUGGCCAGAUAUAAUGGUUGUAGAUGUCUCGGACAACAAUUUGUCUGGAAAUUUCACCAGUUCCAUGAGUGUUCCGAGCUCACUACAAGUAUUGAGUCUGAGCAACAACAGUUUCGGGGGCCAAAUUCCUUCUUCUCUAUUCCAAAACUGCACCGAGUUGCGGAGUAUUAAUCUUGGAGGCAAUAGGUUUACUGGAAGCAUACCUUUACAGACAGUAUCAAUUGUAUCAUCCGGAUUGUAUAUGCUAAGAUUGCGAUCCAACUCUUUAAGCGGACGUAUCCCCCAUCAACUGUGCUCUCUUCCAUCUCUUCAUAUCAUAGACCUUCGCGGCAACAACUUUUCAGGGACCAUUCCCAAGUGUUUGUAUAAUUUGACUGGUUUUUACGAUAUGCCAGACAUUGGUGUCCUCGGUUUGUCUAGUUAUUCUGAGGAAACCACCUUGACAUUGAAGGGACAAGAACUCGAAUAUGACACCACUCUGGAUUUGGUAAAUCUCAUUGAUUUCUCAUCAAAUAACUUAGAAGGAGUAAUCCCUGAAGAAAUAAGCAGCCUCAUUGCCUUGGGGACUCUGAACUUGUCCAGAAAUCAACUCACUGGAAACAUUCCCUCAAAGAUUGGAAACUUGCGGUGGCUGGAAACUCUUGAUCUCUCACACAAUCACCUCUCUGGGCAGAUUCCUCAAAGUUUCUCUUCUCUAACCUCUCUGUCUCACUUGAACUUGUCUUUCAACAACUUGUCCGGAAGAAUUCCUUCAGGCAACCAACUUCAAACACUUGAUGAUUCAUCCAUUUACAAGGGCAACCCAUCCUUGUGUGGCGUUCCUCUUUCAACUGUCUGCCCGGGAGAUGGCGCAGCUGACCCUGACGAUGGUGAUCAUAAUGAUGAUGAUAUUGAUGAGAAUGGGAAGUUUGGUAUCGUUGCUAGCGCUGUCCUCGGCUUCAUCAUAAGCUUCUGGAGUGUCUGUGGCACAUUGGUUAUAAAGAAAUCGUGGAGAUAUGCCUAUUUUCGAUUCUUUGAUAACAUAAAGGAGAAGGCAGCCUUAGCAAUUGCAUUGAGAGUGGCUCCUUGGCAAAGGAAGACUUGAUUGGAAAAGGAAAAUUAAAGAAUAAAAUGCACUGAAGGUGGUCUAUAUGGGGCAUUUGUGGCUUAUUUCUAGACUGGGUACGUUGUUUCUCUUUUGGUUCAGGUGCUCUCCAUGGAGCUGUUUGUGGCGGUGGUGAAGAUGACGGCAAGUAUUGUUGGGUUUGCUGGUGUCCUCAUGUUUUUGUGUUCUCUUUAUUGUUGUAAGCCAUAUAUAAGUUUGGUAUUGUCAUGUAAUCAAUAAUUAAGCAGGUAUCAUGUGUCAAAUUAUUCAAGCAAAUUUGAUGCUGAAUAACACCCUGCGGGCUUGCGGAAAGUGUGUAUCCACGUUGGAUGCAUUUGACACUUGUAAAAGGACUUGGAAUAUCAAUCGAUUUCAGUAUUUAAUCCCGGUGAGCAUCAAUCCCUCUGCUUUGUUUGGUUUGCUUAUACUUCAUUCCUCUGUAAUCACCACAAACAGAACCAACCACUAAGGCAAAAAACACGGAGCCUCCUCUUUUUAUACUCAAAUCAUCAAUGGCGAGCCUACGGAGCCGCUCAAUCAGCUCCCACCUCUGCUUUCUCCACCGUCUACACCCCCCGCUACCUAGCCCAAUCCUACCUCUCCCCAGGCCGGUCGGACCUUCUCUCCACUUCCUCCAUGUACCUCGCCGGGACCGACCGUCUCGGCGCUUAAUCCGACGCCGCCAGAGCGACGUCGUACAUGAUGUCAUCCUGGCCCUCCCGGCUUCAAACGCACCUCUCAAGGCAACAGUGCGGAACAGUGCCUGGGGACAGAAAAGACGGUUCUGCCCUCCUUUAGAUCUUUCUGUUCUGCUGUCUAUCGAUCUGAUCUUCUUCUCUUUUCUAAAGCAGUAUACUCUUAGUCACCCCCAAGUUAAAAUCUACCUCAAAACCCAAAAAUCACUACAAAAAAGAGCAACAGAGAAAGAGAGUUGUGAGUAGCAAGAACAUUGUAGACCUCAGUCUCUUCUCCAUUACUUUUCCAUUUCCAUAAUCCUUUAUCAACAUCAGUCUCUCUCCUUCGCCGACAUCAACAGCACCCAUCAACACCCCCAUCACUCAUAACUUGCUUCAGUUCUAUCUCAAAAACCGAAAUCAGUCGGUAACAAUAGAGAAGUGAACAAUAAUUUGGUCUUCUAUGUGUGAAAGGUUAUGUGAAAUUUGGACAUAACAGAGAAGACAAUGGAGUAGUGCAUCAUGAAUGGGCCUCCGCAGCUCAGUGAGUUCAUUAGCUUUUGAACAACCAUUCGAUUAGCUUUGGAAAAGGUUGAAGAAGGCAGAGGACCUUGGUUUACAGUUAAACAGAGCCAUAGACCUCGGUGAGAAUAACAGUCAUAUACCAUAGGAUGAGAAAGGAAGAUUUACAAGCAGCAGCAGAUGGAAGGUCAGAAAAAUUGAAGAAGAGUUGUUAGUGGUAGUGGCAAAGAUCAUAUUGUCAGUAUUGGCGGGUGGGUUUCUGCUGGUGUUCUCACAUCUCUAUGAGCAACUGAUAUUGAGGCCUAAAGGGCUAAGAUCAAAGCUCCAAAAGCAAGAAAUUAGAGGGCGUCCUCCUUCAUUCCUCUUGGGAAAUAUCCUUGCAUAACGCCUUCAAAGCAAGGUCCACUCAACAGCAAUAAAGACUACAGAUCCUUAAAAGCCUCAGCAUGAUGAUCAUCAUGUACCUUCUAUUUUGUCACCAAUGACCUUCAAAAAUCUUCCCCCACGGAGUGAAGAAGUGAAUAUGAAAUGCAUAUGAGUUCAGAAAAUUAUUCCAGUACUGAAGUAGAUGUUGAGACCUUUCAGCUCUUGCUCAAGCAUGAAAAACUUUCCUGCAUCAGCCCAGAAACCUAUAAUCCGAUUGCAUGUUUUUCUGAAUGGAGUUGGAGACAUUCGAGCACGGCACAAAAUUCUAUUGUAGAAUCACAAUCACCCUCAGUGCCCACAACAAUGUAGCUGCUAGCAGCGGUGAAGAGUUCUUGGACCAAUUGAAGAAGUUGAGAAGGGAAACUUGAUGUAUAAUCUUGAAGUGCUCUUGAACUCUUCCGUACUUCAUGGCUGGUAGGAGGCAAUUGCCACUGUACAAUUCAUGAAGGUGACGACCUUUCAGGCCAAUACACAAAUGACCCUUGGGGUACAAAAUGUUAACCGAACAUGUGAAAGAUCUGUUUGAAAAUAAGAACUUCACUUAAUUGAUUACUAUUAGUUGUUAAUUCACUUGGAAAGAAAUAACUUGAUAUUUGUUAUACAACCUAAAUGCAGUUAUACUAUUGGCAACAACUUUCCGUUUUUAUUUAA